CGACCGCCCAGGCCCCCAGCUUAGAUUGCACCAUCCGUUAAAAUGUCAACACACCUGAAACGGAAACAUUCGUUAUCUGCAGGGGUUCAACACAAAGUAUGCAUACCUCGCUUUUCUCUUUAUCCCACGCGCGUAUUACUCUUUGUAUAUUCUUCUGUUUUUGUAUCUUCACCUUGGCUUGCACCUCACUUGCUCAUCUCCGAGGUCCCAGUUGCAAGCAAGUGGCAGCUCAAAGAGCAUCCUUGCGUGCCGAUCGGGCCGGGAAUCAAUCCACUAACUCCAAUCUGCUCGGUCAUCUGAUCUCUAAACUUGGGGGGCAGCAUCCUAGCCCCCGAAUAUCCAACGCCCGAUACCUCUCCCCGCAGAGGCAUACGUGUCUCGCGUGUAAUGCGCACGAGUAGUUGCUUGGCCUGCCAUCCACGUGGAGAUAGGGAGUUAAGAGGAUGACUUAUAGCCUACAUUUGACCCCUCCCCCGGACAAGAAUCGCCGAUGACCGUAUCACCUGCUGAUGGGUUUCGACUAUCUGUGCGGUGGAUUUUCCCGGAGCACGCCAUCAUACUUGCCUUUGAUAACGUCGGGUUCCAUGGUAUUGAUUGACAUACCUGCAGUCUGCAGCCUGCACCACAUCAUGCAAGCUUCACAGUCUUAAGGAUCUGUCGGGACAAUCAGUCCGUCCCUCUCAGCCAAUCCGCGAACCAUCGCUGCCGCAAGAGUUAUUUAGAGGCAUUCGCUAAGAGCAUGCCGCAACCCAUGCAUGUCAGGACCGGCAGGGCAGGAUCCAAGUGCGACGGAUGUAUUGCGACAAGAGGUUAGGACUUAAGCAAACCGAAAAAAAAUCUUCUCAAGAUAGCCGGAUUGACUUGUCAAAGAAAUGAACACCC